UUAAGUUUGUUCAGCCCAUAAACAAACACUAUAAACGGGCGGAAUACUGCAUCAUAAGAUAAGAUUAAAAUAUCACCAUAAGAUCAUUUUUCAACGUGAUUCAAUCUUGCUAAAUUUGUGAGUAGCGGUAUAGAAAAUUGUAUAAAAAUAUGUGAUUUUAUGUUAAUUUCUAUUGAUUUACUGGUUAACUAUGACCCUAAAAGAAUUUUGCUUGGCCCUUCAAACAUGCGCAGAAAAGUUGGAUGAAGAGAUCAGAUACAACAUCAAUGAAUUCAAUAAUAAAAUGUUUGGAAAAGAAAUGACCGAAACCAAACUGGCCCUGGAAAGGGCCAAGGAUUACCAUUAUAAAGAAAUCGUGGAUGCCUUAACUGAAAUUGUAAAAAAUGUAAACGUUAUAUUAUUCCAUCAAGAGAAAGUGGAAUGGCUCAGCAAUGAGCAAAACUUCUCAGAACAUGAUUUAAAGAGGUUUUCUUAUGUAAAAAGGCAAGUUUAUGCAUUCUCAAAGCAACAACCCCAACCAACAAUGACAAGAUCUGUUGAAAACUUAUCAGCGACUCAGAAAGUUAGUAAGCAGAAGCGUAGAACUGUAUCAGAAAUUUCUGUUGGGACCUUGGAGGCUUGGGAGAAGUAUUUAGACCAGAAAGAGCAAAAAGAGGUUGAGGUACAAGAGAAACUCCAAGAGGUAAAAAAGAGUGUUCCUAAGAGGACCUUAUCUAAUGCGAGAGCAAGAAAAAAAUUUGUUUCAUCCACUUUAGGUGGUUUUUUGGAUAACGACUGGAAACGAAAAACUUUGGAUUCAAUUGAGGAGCUAAAUAUUGAUGAGAAAAAUUUAGCAAAUUGCUUAUCAGAAGAAUCGUCAGAUUUUAAUGAAUCUUGCGAUAGCUUAAAUAUAAGUUGUGACAUGUAUGAGUGUGAGCCAAAGAUCAAUCAAGUAAUUGGAGAAAGAUUUGCUGAUAGAAAGUUAGAAAAUAUCAAUCAAUAUGAUGAGGAGGCAGAAGAAACUUUAAUUAGUGAGGAGUUCUUCAAUGACGACUUAAAAGAGGCAGUAUCAAAUGAGAGGAUAAAACCAAGAAUCGUGGAUGUAAUUUACAAGAAGAAUAUUCUACCAUCCUAAACAUAGAUACGCGUCUUGACUCAUCUGUUUUGUAUGUUUUGUAAAUAAUUUUUUUUUAUUAAACGUACCAUUAAGUGUA